AGCGAUGUUGGCGGAUCUAGUUGUUCCGAUGAUGACAGUGAUGAUGAAAUACAGUCUUCUAGGGCGGAACUUCAAGAGGAAAUGUGGGAUGAUGCACCAGAUUUCAUACAGCAAGAUUUAGAAAAACCUCCUUCUUUACCAGACUCAAAGAAUAAGAAAGCGAGGUAUCACAAGGCGCAGUCUCUUUUACACUGGAUGUUAUAUUUUCUUUUGUUCUGGCAGAGCCUAACUCAUCUCAGUGACAACGGUCUUACAUGGUUACUACAAUUUCUUCUUCAAUUCCUAAAAGUGCUAAAUGUUGAAGUAUCAAAUGAGCUGCUUGCAGAAGUGAUUAAGCUUUUCCCUUGUUCUUUGUACAUGAUAAGGAAGUUCUUAACUGUAGACAGAGAUAACUUUACAAAAUAUGUGGUUUGUCCUAAGUGCACAAAAUGCUACAGCUAUGACGAAUGUGUAGCUGAAGUCAAUGGUAUGUUAACAGCUAAAGUAUGCGACAAUAGCCAUUAUUCCAGAGGUAAAAAAGUAACUUGUAACAGUCAGCUAGUACGGAAAGUUAUCUUGAAAGACAAAUCGGUCAAAUUUUAUCCAUUGUAUUAUUAUUGUUAUAACGGUAUUAUAAAUUCCCUGGAAAUGCUGUUACAGAAAGACGGAUUUCCUGAAAAAUGUGAAGAAUGGAGGUCACGCGGAACAAUGGACUGUAUGAGUGACAUUUAUGAUGGAGAUUUAUGGCAUGACUUUAAAAAAUACAAGGGAAAGGAUUUCCUAGAUGCACCAAGAAACUAUGGUCUGAUGCUUAACUUUGACUAUUUUCAGCCAAUGAAACAUAGAAAAGAUUAUUCGGUUGGUGUGCUAUAUUUGGUAGUGCUAAAUCUGCCACGUGCGGAGCGUUUUAAAUGGGAGAAUGUUAUUGUCGUUGGCAUUAUUCCCUMUAUGGGUAAAGAGUCUAAGUGCCUCAAUGAAUUCUUAAAACAAGCAGUUGCUGAGCUCAAGUCUUUGUGGAUUGGUAUUCCCCUGAAAAACAGCCUCACCAGAGGGAUAAGAUUAACUUUUAGGGCYGCGGUUCUUUGUACUUCUUCCGACAUACCAGCAUCCCGCAAAUUAUGUGGACUGAAAGGACACUCCGCGGAGUUAGGAUGCUCAAGAUGUCUGAAAAAGUUCCAAGGGAAAUUUGGAGAUAAGAGAGACUAUUCCGGCUUUCAACGCGAUCGUUGGGAAAAACGCACAAACAAGGACCACAGAGCGGUUGCACAUAAAAUAAAGAAAUGCAAAACAAAAGCUGCAGCGAAAGACCUGGGUAAGAAAUUUGGUGUUAACUUUUAUUCUUUAUUGUUGGAUCUCGAAUAUUUUGACGUGAUUCGGUUUUGCGCAAUUGACCCAAUGCAUAAUCUAUUUCUCGGAACAGCAAAGUAUGUAUUUAAACUCUGGGUCACUGAAGGACAUCUCUCUAAAAACCAACUAAGAAAAGUGGAGGAACGCAUUGAAAGAAUGGAUGUUCCACCAAAURUUGGAAGACUCCCUAAAAAAAUAUCAUCUAAUUACGGCUCAUAUACUGCUGAGCAGUGGAAGAAUUGGACUCUGUUGUACUCACUAUUUUGUUUAAAAGGGAUAAUUGACGACAAACACUUAAAAUGCUGGCAAACCUUUACUCUGGCAUGUCGAUAUAUAUGCAGUCCAGUUCUAAAUGAUGCAGAUAUAAUAAAAGCAGAUGGACUUCUCCUGAAAUUUUGCAAUGAAUUCCAAUUACUGUAUGGCAACAAAUCUAUAACACCAAAUAUGCACCUUCAUUGUCAUCUAAGGGAAGUUAUAAAGGAUUAUGGGCCAAUUCAUAGCUUUUGGUGUUUCAGUUUUGAACGAUACAAUGGCAUUCUUGGAAAAGUUGUAUCAAACAAUAGAUCCAUUGAAUUACAGCUGAUGAGAAAACUAACAACAUCCCGCUUCCUCGACAACGCAUCAUUGCCAAGUGAAUUUUCUACGCCGUUUAAAAAUAUAAUAACAGACAUGAACGAAAUAUCUAGAAAUGAAGUAAACAAACUGUGUCAGCCAUUUYCAACACUCUUGCAGUAUUAUAAAAUCGCUUCUGCUAUGCCGUUAAGAAAUAUUGAUUGGUCCAAUAUUUCUGCUGUCAAACUUCCUUCAAAGCAUGCGCAAAUCUGUUUUGAUGAAGAAGGUGUGGAAAUGUUAUUAAACGUCUAUAAACACAUGUUACCAGACGAGGAAAUACUUUUUAGUCAUCUCAGCAGGACUAUAAAGACAUAUGGUAGCAUGAAUAUAUAUGACGUAGAAUAUGGAUCUAAACAGGAAUACAGGAGUCAACGUUCAACAGGAAUUGUUGCAUCCUGGCCACAAGACGAUGGAAACAUACUCGAAAAUUUCCGUAUAUCAUUUGGAACAGUUGAUUAUUAUUUCUCACAUUCAUUGAURUURAAUGGGAAGUAUUUUGAGUAUAUAUUUGCAUGUGUGACAUGUCAUUGCAAGGAUUACGUUUCUGAGUCAACUUUUAGAAGGCACAAGAACCUCUUUAAGGAAUCAUGGAAGAAAGACGUCCCACGUGUUCAAGUGGAAUCGUCAUCUGAAUCAGAGGACGACAUAGUAGAGACUUCAGGUUAUAAUCAAG